GGUUAUACUCGUAAGGCUCGUCUCAUCCCAACCCGAACCUAAGCUUCGGAUUCCCAUCCCCCCUCCCCCCAACGCUACAAAUUUAAACGCCUCGGUUUGCGUCACCUACUGUUCUUUCGCUCUGAAAAACCCGAUACCCCUCGUUUUGUUUGAUCCAACGCAGACGUCCAAUGGCGGACCGCGAAGAGACGCUGAGGGAGAUGAUCGCCGAGAAGAUCCACGGCGAUUCCUCAUCCUCUUCCGAUUCCGACGACGACAAGCUCUCUCACGCUGACGUUCUCAAAUCCGAAGUUUAUCGCCUCUUUGGCAGAGAGAAGCCUCUUCACCAAGUCUUAGGCGCUGGAAAACUUGCUGAUGUCCUUCUAUGGAGGAACAAGAAAAUUUCUGGAAGUGUGCUUGGUGGUGCAACAGCAUUGUGGGUUCUCUUUGAAAUGCUUGAAUACCAUUUAAUCACUCUGCUUUGCCAUAUCUUGAUACUCUCUUUAUCAAUGCUUUUCCUGUGGUCCAAUGUCUCUAACUUCAUCGACAAUUCUCCACCAAACAUUCCAGAAGUUGUACUUCCUGAAAAGUGUGUCCUUGAAGUUGCAUCUGCUGUCAGAAUUGAAAUUAACCGAGCUCUAGAUGUUGUGCGAGACAUUGCAUCUGGAAGAGAUUUGAAGACGUUUCUUGGUGUUAUUGCUGGAUUAUGGAUUCUGUCAAUUGUGGGCAAUUGUUGUGACUUCUUGACAUCGUUCUACAUAGUAUUUGUUCUGCUACAUACUGUGCCGGUGUUUUAUGAGAAAUAUGAGGACAAGGUUGAUUCAUUUUCUGAGAAGGCAAUAGUUGAGAUCAAGAAGCAGUAUGCAGUAUUUGAUGAGAAGGUUCUGAGUAAGAUUCCAUUGAAAGAGAAGAAGAAAGAUUAGACGACAUGAAAGUUUCUUUUUUUUUUUUUUUUUCUGAAAUCAAUUAACUAUGGCAUUUUGAUCAUACCCUCUUGAGUCCCAGUUUCUACCUCAUCUUUUAGCUGAACAUUUCCUCAUUGAAUAUGGCAUUUAAUGAUGCUUAGUUUAGAUCACAUGGUUUUGCGUUGUUAAUUUUUUAAUCUAUUAUUGAUGCCCACAUUGAAUUCUUGGCUUUUAGAAUUAUGUUAUUUAACUCGAUCUUUAAAUGUUGUACUGAAUUUAAGAAUUACAAUAACCUUUUCUUUUAAAAAAAGAAUUACAAGA